AUGGGGGACCCGUCUUUGCUGUCGCCGCUGACGAGGUCUUGUCUGCGCGAGGGGGCCCCCAGGGCCCUGUGGGGCCCCUCAUCGUUCGAAGGGUCUUCGACCCUCCCGGGGGGCCCCCCCCCGUCAACUUCGCUCUCUCUCUGCGUCUGGGGGCCCCCCGGGGGGCCCCCCCCCAGUACCCUGGGGGCCCCCCCCUCUGGGGCCAGCAGCAGCUCCCCGGGCCCCUCCCUCAGCUGCUGCGGGGCCUCCCCGUCUCAGUCGCAGCAGCAGCAGCCUUUGCUGCCCCUUCCUGCUGCUGCUCAUUCUCUUGACCACCUGGGGGCCCCCGGGGGCCCCCCGGGGGCCCCCGAGGGGGCCCCGGGGGCCCCCGAGGGGGCCCUCUGCGGGGCCCCCGGGCCCUCUUUGCCUGCUGCUGCGCUGGGGGCCGCCGCGGGGGCCCUGUGCCCGUGGGGGCCCCCCGGGCCAGGGGCCCCCGGGGGGCCCCCAGGGGCCCCUGGGGCCCCCGGCGUGCUGGCUUUGCCCUUGGCGGGGCCCCCCGGGGGGCCCCCCGGGGGCCCCCCGGGGGCCCCCGGGGGCCCCGAGGCGCUGCGUCCGAGGGCCCCCCGGCUGCAGGAAGUGGCCCGCGGGGUCUUUUUGGCCAACAGGGUACUAAUUGAGUACCCUGGGGAGCAGCAGCUCCCCACAGAAGUUCGCCUGGCCCUCAAACACCCCCACGGCUACCAGCUCAGGCGCAUGCACCCCCCGAGGCCCCCAGAGGGGGCCCCCCACAGGGGCCCCCAGGGGCCCCCGGGGGCCCCCGGGGCCCCCGGGGCCCCCGGGGCCCCCGGGGCCCCGGGGGCCCCUGGGGACCCCCAGAAGGGGCCCCACGGCCGCCGCGCGCAGCUGCAGCAGCAGCUUUGCCGCGGCGACGGGGGCCCCAAAAGGCCCAAAAGGCCGGGGCCCUGCAGCAGCAGCAGCAGCAGCAGCAGCAGCAGCAGCAGCAGCAGCAGCAGCCCCUGUCUCGUCAGCAGCCAACAAGCCCCAAACUGCCUCCAAAUUCUCCCGGCCGAGGCCCCACAAACCGCCCUGACCCCCGAGUGGGGCCCCCUCGACGAGCUGGGGGCCCCCGGGGGCCCCCCGGGGGCCCCCGGGGGCCCCGGGGGCCCCGGGGGGCCCCCCUGCGUGUGCAGCGAGUGCGGGCGCUGCCGCGCUUUUGCGGAGGCGAAGAAGCUUUUGAGGCCCUUCGGAGUUCAUCUUCACUUUGGGGCUUUUCAGGAGCUGCAGCAGCAAAAAGGGGGGCCCCCUGGCAGCUUCGGGGGCCCCGGGGGGCCCCCCACUGCAGCAGCGGGGGGCCCCCCGGAGGGGGGCCCCCUCGCGCUGGCGCUGGCCUGCCUCCCGGGCCCCCAGGAGGGGCCCCCAGGCCCGGGGGGCCCCCCAGGGGGGCCCCCAGGGGCCCCCGAGCCUGGGGACUGCAUUUGUGCUGCAGCAGCGUCGCAGCAGGGGGGCCCCCCAGCAGCAGGGGGGGCCCCCGGGGGGCCCCCCUGUCAGCUGCGAGGGUACUUGGUGGUGGACCAAAUGCCAGCAAAGGAGUUGGCAGCUUUGGAAGCUGCAGCAGCAAUUAAAAGGGCCCUCAGUUACUUCCUGCUGGAAGCGCCGCCCCCUGCUGCUGCAACAGCAGCAGCAGCAGCAGCAGCAGCAGCAGCAGCAAGGGGCGCCCGCGCCUCCUCGCGGGCGGACGGCGAGGGGGCCCUCCCGCAGCACGCCAAGGGCCCCGUUGCUGCAGUGAAGCUGCUGCCGCAGCAGCAGCAGCAGCAGCAGCAGCAGCAGGGCUUUGAAGGCGCUGCGGCGGCCGCGAGCAGCAGCGGCGGCGACUGCUUCAAGCGCGCCCCCGCCCCCAGCAGCAGCAGCAGCAGCAGCAGCAGCAGCAGCAGCAGCAGCAGCAGCAGCAGCAGCAGCAGCAGCAGAGCAGCAGCAGCAGCAGCAGCAGCAGCAGCAGCAGCAGCAGCAGCAGCAGCAGCAGCAGCAGCAGCAGCAGCAGCGGGCUGCUGGCGGGGCUGCUGGACGCAGUGGUGCAGCUGCACGACGUGGACUGCAGCAGCAGCCAAGCAGCAGUCUGCAGCAACCACUUCAGCGGCUUCCUCAGCCACCACAGAGCAGUCGUUUUUGCUGGAGCACGAGGAGGCGCUGGAAGCAGAGUUCCCCCGCGGGUUUGCUGCAGCAAAGCAGCAGCAGCAAGAAGCCAAACGCAAGAGGGCCCUCAACCCCUCGGGGGCCCCCGAGGGGCCCCGGGAGUUGGAGGCCCCUGCAGCAGCAGAAGAGCAGCAAGUGUUGAAUGGGGCCCUUCGAUUGGGGCCCUCCUUCACUCUCCACGGAUUCAUCUUCGAGGGGCCCAGACAGGCUCGCGCGCUGCUGAAGCUGCUCAAAGCUUUUGUAAACCGCCACGAGCUGCUGCAGACGGGGGCCCCCGGGGGGCCCCCCGGGGGGCCCCCUGGGGGCCCCUGCACGUACAGCUCGUUUGUUGCUGCUGCUGCUGCUCACCACUCCUUCGAAGCCAAGUCCCUCAGCCUCGCCAGCAGAAAGGCCCUGGGGGCCCCUCUGCAGGUGUUUCUGGUUGUGUCGAACUUUCGAGUGCGGGGGGCCCGCGUGACGGACUGCCGCGUUUCCUUCUCGGACACUCUCAUAGCGCUGGAGGGCGGCGCGGCGAAGAGCGUGAAGCGGCUGCGGAUAAAGGGGCUGCUGCUGCCGCAGAGCCAGCGGCUGCUGCUCUCAGCUGUACGUACACUGCAGCAGGCCCGCUGCCUCUCCGGCGCCUCCUUGACUUUCACUUUUAUAAAACAACCCCACUCUGCUGCAGCCUUUUACGAGCCGGGGCUGGCCCUCUGCUUCCCCGGCGAGCGGCACCCGCACCCGCAGCAGCAGCAGCAGCAGCAGCAGCAGCAGCAGCAGCAGCAGCAGCAGCAGCAGCAGCAGCGAGUUGCUGCGCAGGUCUGGCGCCACUUCGAGAACUUCGGGGGCCUUUUGCUGCAGUCCCACUGCCGCUUAUUUGCUGCGCUGCGGGCCCUCGCGCCCCACACAGUGUGGGGCGCGAAGGCGCAGCAGCAAAGACAAGCCAGCCUGCAGCAGCAGCAGCAGGCAGCAGCGCGAGACGCAGCAGCAGCAGCAGCAGCAGCAGCGGCAGAAGCUGCGGCCGCCGCAGCAGCAGCACGUGCUGCUCAGCAGCAGCCCCUUGCGGCCCUCACCUGCGACAGCAGCAGGGACCACCUGGGGGCCCCCGAGGCCCCCGCGCUCUUUUAUUGCUGCCACCCCGACAUCCUCGAACAGCUGCCUCCGCAGCUGCUGCAGCAAACCCCCGUGGAGUGCCUGGUCUCUUCGCUCUACUUCAAAUUCGCCGCCAAGUACGGGGGGCCCCCCCCCUUCGACGCAGAGCUGUGCCCGCUGCUGAGGCCCCCCUGGCUGGGGGCCCUCAAGGCCCUCAAGUCCAAGCCGGGGGGCCCCCGGGGGGCCCCCCUCAGCAGCAGCAGGGGGGGGGCCCCCAGCAGCAGCAAGGAAGAAGCAGGGGCCCCCAAGCGCAAGACCUUCGUUUGCAUUGUAGACGGAGAGGAAGACCCCGACGCCCCAGUCAACAGCUACCGGGGCGGCGUGACGAGCGCCUUGUCUUCUAUAAUUCGAAUGGCCCUCGAGGAAAUGAGCGGCUCGGGAAAAGCAGCAGCUUGCCUCUCCGUCUCCAGCACAAUUGCUGCUGCUGCUGCUGCUGCUGCAGCAGCAGCAGCAGCAGAAGCAAGCGCAGCGGCAGCAGCACAAGCACCAGCAGCAGGAGCAGCAGAAACCGCACUGGCAGCAGCAGAAACACCAGCGGGAGCAGCAGCAGCAGCAGCAGCACCUGCAGCAGCAGCAGCAGCAGCAGCAGCAGCAGCAGCAGCAGCAGGUGGGAGGUGCGUGGAAGUGUUUGGGGUGCUGCUGGUGGACCCUUGCUGCUGCGCUGCUGCUGCUGCUCAGAUGAGGGCUUUGCUGCUGCUGCAUGCAAAGGCCCCCAAGGGCUUUUUGGCUCUCCACUUCGUGACUGCCAGCUGGGCCUACGCGUCUGUCCUUGAGGGGCAGCUAAACUCUCCUGCUGCGCAGCAGCACCAGCUGCAGCUGGGGGCCCCCCAGCUGGGGGCCCCCCUGGAGGGGGCCCCCCAAGAGGAGGCCCCAGCAAGGGGGGAGGGCCCCCAGCUGGGGCCCCCAGGGGGUCCCGGGGGCCCCCAGCUGCUGCCAGGGUGGGGCCCCACAGGUGCAGCUGCAGAGGGCCCCCAGGCCCUUUCAGCAGCAGCAGAGGGGCCCCCGCUGCCCCAUAUAGCCCAAGUGCUCAAGGAGCCGUGGGGCCUGCCGCUGUUUGGGUGGCUGCUGCUGAUGCCGGAGAGCUGCUUGCUGUCUCUGUCUCUGCCGCGGGAAGAGCUGCAGCAGCAGUGGGGGGCCUCCAUUUUGCUGCUGCCCUCUUUGGCCCCUUUGGCAGUCCUCAGGGCCCUUUUGUCUUUUCUUCUUUCCCACGGAAUUGACCCCACAAGGGCCCCCCUGGACCUUCCUUGUCUCCCCGUGUUUGCUGCCGUCUUGGCCCCCGAGGGGCCCCCCGAGGGGCCCCCCGAGGGGCCCCUGGAGGGGCCCCCCGAGGGGCUGCCCCUGGGGGCCCUGGGGGGCCCCCCGGGGGGGGACCCCGGGGCCCGCCGCUCCUUCUCCCCCCUGGGGGGCCCCCGGGGGGCCCCCGCGACCCCCACAAGGAGCAGCAGCAGGGGGGCCCCCCUGCUGUCCUCCUCUCCACUUAAGUUGGGCAAAUGCGGAAGCCCGCAGCCCGCAGCCCCUGCAUGCGACGCAGGGGGCCCCCGGGGCUCACCGGGGGGCCCCCAGGGUACGGGGGGCCCCCAGGGUACAGGGCUGUGUCUCGGCCUGGGGGCCCCUGUGGGGACUCCCAGCAAACUGCGGGCCCGGGGCAGCAGCCCCCUGGGCAGCAGGGGGCCCCCCUCCAGCCCCCUGGGGCCCCCCGCAGGGGGGGCCCCCUCCACCCCUCGGAGGGGCCCCUCGGCCACCCCCAGGGGCUCCAGCCUCCCAAAUGGGGGCCCCCCAACCCUCCCGCAGGGCCCCUCGACUCCCCUGAGGGGCCCCUCGACCCCGCUGAGGGGCCCCUCAGCGCUCCUGAGGGGCCCCUCGACCCCGCUGAGGGGCCCCUCGACCCCGCUGAGGGGCCCCCGGACCCCCCUGAGGGGCCCCUCGACCCCCCUGAGGGGCCCGCGGACCCCGUCGAGGGGCCCCCGGUCCGUUCGCUGCGGGCGUUUGUCCCCCCUGGGGGCCCCCCUGGGGGCCCCCCUGGGGGCCCCCCUGGGGGCCCCCCUGGGGGUUGCUGGGAGCCCGUUUCGGGGGUCUCGGGCGAACCUGUCUGUGCACCAGAGGGGGGGGCCCCCCCGGCCCUGCAGGGCCCACUUCUGCGCUGCCAGCAGCAGCUACAAAGUGGCUGUGGGGCCCCUCAAGAUCUUCUUGCCGGGCCUCGAGGGGCUGCCCCUCGUCAGCAGCAAAUGGGCCACUUGCAGCCUCGCAGCGCGCCGGCUGCUGCCUCUCCAGCACUUCGCCCUGCGCCCCAGCAGCCAGCAGCAGCAGCAGCAGCAGCAGCAGCAGCAGCAGCAGCAGCAGCAGCAGCGGGCGGGGCGCGCGGCCGCUGCGCAGCAGCCGCAAGCAGCUGCGGGGGGGGGCCCCUCCCUCCCGGCCUCCCCGUCUUUGAAGAGGCCCCUCGACGCGGGGGCCCCCCCUCCCCCGAAAAGGAGGCAGCGCGGCAGCAGCAGCCAGCAGGCAGCAGCAGCGGAAGCAGCAGCAGCGGAAGCAGCAGCAGCGGAAGCAGCAGCAGCAGCAGCGGAACCAGCAGCGGCAGCGGGAGAGGGGCCCCUCCCAGGUCCUGCCCGCACUCCAAAGGAGAGGCUCGUGGCAGCACCUGCUGCAGCUGCGACUGCUGCUGCUGCCCGCGCAACAGCCACUGCUGCUGCUGCUGCUGCUGCUGCUGCUGCUGCUGCUUCGGAUGUGAGCGAAGCAGCAGGAAGCGCGGCGCCAGCUGCUGCGAGCAGCAGAUCCUCCUCAAGGGCCCCUCGGCGAGGCCGAGCGGUGGGCCUUGCUGCUGCAGAGGCGGGGCCCCUGCCUGCUGCAGAAACCCUAAACCCUCAAACCCUAAACCCUCAGGCCCUAAACCCUCGAGCUGCACCCCCCCAAGCCCCAAAUCUCCGAGUUGCAAAGACAAGAGCAAGGGCAAAGGCCGCGCCCAAAGCUGCACAGCAGCCGCAGCAAGAGCAGCAAGAGCAGCAAGAGCAGCAGCAGCAGCAGCAGCAAGAGCAGCAACAGGAGGAACUGACAGCAGCAGCAGAACCCGCCAAGAGAGCAGCACGGAAAGCAGCAGCAACAAGAAGAGGUUCAAGACGAGGCACAGGCAAAUGA